AUGGUUACCCGGCGGCUUGUGCGAUACUUCUGUCGUGCCCUCAUUAUCCUCAGCACUGCCGUCGCUGGAUACUAUUACCUUAGCAGAGAAACACUGGAAGAGCAAUUAGCCACCCUGACCAGACUAACUUCUUUUAGUACCCAUAAUGAAACCGAAAUUAAUGAAGCCAACGCGUCACAACGUCCCGUCGUGCUCAUCUGGGACAGUUUCUACGGAAUUCCCGUUAAUCCCUUCUUUACGCAAGAGAUGGCUGACAAGUGCGUUCACCGCUGCAUUUUCACCCGGGAUCGCUUCAUGGCUCCCCGGAGUGCCGCCAUCGUCUUUCACAAUCGCGACUUCAAUUCGAAGCAAAUUCCACGGAGACAAAGUGAGAAGCAGAUUUGGGUGCUUUUUGGGAUGGAGUCACCCGUCUACACUCCGAAAGAGAGUGUUGCGCUGAACGGCCUCAUCAACUGGACGGUGACUUAUCGACGUGACGCGGACGUUCCGUUUCCGUACAGGCACAGGCUCGUUAGGCUUAACAGAAACAACACCGUGGAACGGGCGCCGAAUGUGACGAAGGACCGGAUGGCAGCGUGGUUUGUGUCGCACUGCAACGCUCACAGCGGCCGACAGCGAUUCGUGAAGCAUCUCCAGAAAGUGAUCGACGUUGACAUCUACGGUGCGUGCGGGAAGCAUAAAUGCACUCCCUCCGGAAGCCCCGCCUGUUACCAGAUGCUUGCGAAGAAAUACUAUUUCUAUCUCUCUCUCGAGAAUUCCCUGUGUCGCGACUACGUCACGGAGAAGUUCUACAAUGUACUCGCUUACGAUGUAGUGCCCGUGGUCAUGGGGUACGCCAACUAUUCCGCCUUCUCUCCACCCGGAUCGUUUAUCGACGCGCUGUCCUUCGAUUCGCCUCAAGACUUGGGAAAGUACCUGUGGAACACUGUGCACGUCUGGAAGAACUACAGUUCCCACUUCGAUUGGAAGCGGCGGUACAAGGCUGUGCGUGAAACGCACCAGGCCGCGUGCGGACUUUGCGAGAAGAUUUAUAGAAAUAAUUCUAGCCCUAAGGUUUACACGGACAUACGAAAGUGGUGGUUCGAUGACGGAGAUUGUUGGACGUGGAAACCGAACGUGCGAAAAAGUUUUCGCGAGAAGAAUGGAACGGAGAACCAGAGCCGUCAGUAGGGUAAGCGGCACCCUGUGCCCCGUGCGUCACCCGCCGGCUGCCCGCCAAUCCUCACUCUCCGCGCAGUUCUUUAACCCCAUACUGUGCCUCCCCCACGCUUCUCCGAAUGCUAUGAGAAACUAACGACUCAUAGAGUGUUCCUUACAUGAUUAAUAGGUGGCGCCAAUAUGGCUGCUCUGGCCGGCUGUGUAUUGGUGCGCGUCGACCGUGUAUCGCCGGACAUUGUGAGAAAAGUCUAUUGGA